AUGCAGAGAAUUUUUGCUUUGAUUCUUCUCCUUCCCAUACUGGGAAAUUCAGGUAUUUUUCUUCCUUUCUCUGUCAUUCACUUAGAGUUCCUGGUAUACUAUGAAUCAAAACCUCAGCUCAUUUAACACCUAUUAUUUAAACCUCAGUUUUUCCUCUGGAGUUAACACUGUGUGAAACUGUUCGAAAUUUUUACCUUGGUGCCUGAAUCGUAUCAUGUGACUAUUCACGACUACUAUCGAUUGUCCGCUACUGUACAAAAUUACCUUGUCAGGCACUUCUUUGAAUAAGGAAUUAAAACUAUGAUUCUAAAGUGAAGUUUUUUUGGUCGUCAGUUAAGUUACGCUAAAAAGUACUGACGUCUUACGCAAGGUUUGCGUUAGCCACUACCUUUGUCUCGACUUUGUCAAACCGACAUACGAAAGAGUACACUGUCAAUUUCGAAAGGGGUUCAAAUGGAAAAAAACAGUUAUAUAACGAAGUGAAUUUUUCUUCUCUUUAUAUAUAGUCCAUGUUAAAAAUGAAUAUUGCAGACCGCGUCCUACACUAGUAGCCAUCGACAAGCCAUACUACAAGUUCUUUCCGUACUUCAUCAAUCUGCAUAGGUGCGGUGGAUCCUGUGACAAGAUUCAGCCUUCAGUUCGGUCAUGCGUGCCAACACAGUAUACUGACGUCCCUGUUACGGUGCAAGUAGUUGGGACACAAAGAUGGACGAAAAUUAACAUGCAGAACCACACUAGCUGUGGAUGUGACUGCACCUUGAGUCCAAGCCAGUGUGACCCGACUUGGGAGGACUGGAAACCAGACCUUUGCCAAUGCAGGUGUAAAUAUGGUGAUAAGCCACCAAAGCCUUGUGGGAAUGGGCUCGUCAGGAGUAAAAAUGACUGCAGAUGUGUCUGUAAUAAGCAGCCAGAAAUAUGUCCACCAAAUAAGGUAUGAUCACUCUGCAAUUUGCGUCAGUGUCGCCUUUUAUCGAGCUACUUACGUUACCGGAUCUUAACACUGUUAAGGUGAUGUUACACGAGACGAUUCGCAACGACGAUUUUUAGCGGAACACAGCGUUGCAGCAUUGUUGCGACAUUGUUUCGGAUGGUUAUAACAUUGUUCCAACAUUGUAGCGCUGUGUUGUGCUAAAAUCGUCGUUGCGAAUCGUCUAGUGUAGUAUCACCUUUAUGCUUCUCGGCUAGGAAAUGGUAUACGUUGUCUUUCGUUCACCGCAAGAGAUUCUUGUCAACAAGAUUCGAAGUGAGUGAUUUUUAUUUACGCCAGGAAAAUGGUAUAACUAACUGAGUCUUGUAUAACUUGUGUGUUUUCAGGUUUGGAGCUCAAAAAAGUGUGGGUGUGUUUGCACGGAAGAGAGAAUUAGGAACUGCACAGAUAGCACGAUACCGGAACCAGAAACGGACAAAGUAUCCUCUACUAAACCCACACAGAAAGGUAAGAAUGUUUUGCAAAAGUCACCUAUCAAGGUACCUGGAAUGAGCUAUGAAAUCACCUUGUACUGACCCAAUGAACGUUACCAGCUCAAACCAUUCCGUGAUUCUUUUCUUAGGAAGUGCCCCACCCUUGUACGGAGCAAAUUGUUGCUGCUGGAAAUAUCUGUAAGUCACCACUGUUCAUCGGCAGGAUACCUAAGAUGUUUUCAGUUCCACGAUUAGUUUCGGCUCCAUUAAGUCCCGGCUAUAAAUUCGAGCUAUUUUGAUAGCAAAAAAUACUUUUUAUAAUCAGAAGCAAUAUAUUAAUAAUUAAAUCAGUUCCUGUUGUUUUCUUUUUCUCAGGUGGAUUUCCUCAGGAAUUUUACAUCGGCCUUUUCUUAGGACAGUUUGUACUCAUGUAUUUGGUGUUUGAUGCCAUCCUUUACCGCAAGAAAGCUGGUCUAAUUUACCGUCUAACGAGAAGUUGUUCGGCAGAUAAAGGUAAUUUGUCUGAUCACUUUAUAGCAAUAUCCUUUUCGUAUACCAAAGCUCAAGCAAUUAUCCAAACAAAUUGAAACCACGAUAAAAUAAUGAAUAGCCUAAAAUAUCAACUGCAAUUUUGCGAUUGCGUUGGCUUCACGUGGCUUUGUUUGUCAGAUUCAAGGUGAGAAUUUCUCAAAAUAGAAAACUUAAGCACAUAAAAACUGUCCAGAACAAUUCCUAUGGAUAAAACUGGCGAGAAACCACGCUUUUUUUAUGUAGAAUUAAUAGUAAACACAAUUAAGGGGAAAACUUGGUCAUAUGGUACAGAUUCACGUUUGCCGUUUGGCGUAAACGUGACUCUAAAUCUCUCUAUCGGCUGAAAAAUCGGCUCGCGCCACUUCGCCACCCGAUCCUCACCUCGCAUACGUUUUCCCGCGCUUACGAUUGCGUCUGCGCACAUUAGGAUUGGUCAAAGAAAUAGGUCUGAAUUUACGACCCUCGAAUAUUAAAAUCUAUCUCGUUUAUAUCAAAUAAAUAUUAUAUUAUAUAUAUAAUAUAUUAGCGGAGAAAGUUAGUUCGUAGAUGAGCCAAAGCUUUCACAAUUUACAGGUUUCUUAACAUUUUUUCUCUUACAGUAACUAUAACUGGAAGUCGUUCAAACAUUGAAGAUUCAAGAGAAGACAUCUUCAGUCAAUCCAGCAGUGUAGUAGUCAUGACAGAUCCACCCACACAGACAGGAGAGAGGAACAUGGCGGCAAUCAGUGAUGUGUAG